ACUAACUUCAUUUUGCUGUUGGUUGAUUAUCUAACAUCAAAUUUUUGUCCAUAUAAAAUAUAAUAAAAUAAUUCAAUAAAAUGGCAGUAAGUUUCGCCCAAAAGCGUUUUAUGUCCAGCGCUCUACAAAGAUUUGUGUACAAUUUGUCAGGAUUUAAUAAAUAUGGCCUGUGGAGAGAUGACCUUUUACACGAAGACGAGGACGUAAAAGAAGCACUAAGAAGAUUACCUGAAAAUAUAGUAGACGAAAGAAAUUACCGCAUUUUGAGAGCAACACAGCUAUCAAUUCAGAAAGAUAUACUCCCUAAAGAGCAAUGGACAAAACUGGAAGACGAUAAAUUAUACCUCACUCCCAUUGUUAAUGAAGUUAUUAAAGAACGAGAAGAACGGGAGGAAUGGAACAAAAAUUAUUAACUUGGUUAAAGUAAUUCUGAUGUAGUUUCGUGUGAUUAUAUAAUUAAAUUAUGUUAAUAUA